AUGAAUCAACAAAAUCAACAACAAAACCAGCAAAACCAGCCGCAAAACCAACCAAACCAACCGCAAAAUCAACAAAACCAACUAUUGCAGCAGCAGCAAGCCCAAAUAAUAAAUGGCUCUUUCAAUAUUUACGAUGAACCACGUACGCAUCUUGAAAAUGAUGUCUUGACCAUACUCUCAGAAUCAUAUCACAUGAUAUCUGACGCUAAUUAUUAA